AUGAGUCCAAAGGGUAGCGACCAAAAAUUGGCGUCGGAAAUCGUGGCAGGAAUAAUAAAUGGCUCAAAGCUGUGGAAAUGGGGUCGGCAGAAAAAGCUAUGGACCUGGCUUGCUCCAUUGUUAACGCGAGCGUUUGAAAAUAUGAAGGAGGAGGCCAUGAGGAAUUGGGGCGUAUGUGUAGCGACUGUAUGUGGAUGUUCGGAAUCGCGUAUGUUGAAACCACUGCUGGAUAUCCUUUUUGCUCUUGUAAACAGACCAACGGAAAGCGCUUUUGCUGCUCAGUCGCGUCUUUUCCUUUUACAAGGCGGUUUAUGCCAGUUUGAAUGGCGUACAAUCGAGCUAUGGAACAAAGUGGUCUCUCUUCUAUCCAAAUCCGCUGUAGUUCAGCAAUAUGCCAAUCUUCGAGAACGUAUGGCAAUUCCCAGUAUACCGGAGUCGUUACGUGCUCCAACCGUAGCCCACUGUAUCGGAUUGUACAAUCAGCAUAUGGGUGCGUGCUGGGAGGAAACUCGGAUAAACAAUGGGAACAACUGCUCAGAAUCCACUGAGCUGAAUGGUACUGGAGAGUCGGAAGUGAAACGACAUGCUCGCCUUGCUCUAAAAGGAGCGCUAUCCUUCACUUUGCAUGUUGCCGGACAGUCUCUCACCUCAUUGCCUCCAUCUAUCUUGCAGCUUCUGCCUAUAUUUUGUCACUACAGUAACGAUGUUGGGUAA